AUGAGUAAAUACACAGGACCAGCCGUUGGUAUUGAUUUAGGUACUACAUAUUCAUGUGUAGGUAUCUGGCAAAACGAUAGAGUUGAAAUUAUUGCUAAUGAUCAAGGAAAUAGAACAACACCAUCAUAUGUUGCAUUCACUGAUACAGAAAGACUUAUUGGAGAUGCAGCAAAGAAUCAAAUUGCAAUGAAUGUUAAGAACACUGUUUUUGAUGCAAAGAGAUUAAUCGGAAGAAGAUUUAGUGAUCCAGCAAUUCAAAAUGAUAUGAAACAUUGGUCAUUUAAAGUCAUUGAUGAUGGACAUGAUAAACCAAUAAUUGAAGUAGAAUAUAAAGGAGAAGUUAAGAAAUUUACACCAGAAGAAAUAUCAUCAAUGGUAUUAACUAAAAUGAAAGAAACAGCAGAAUCAUUUGUAGGAAAAGAAGUAAAGAAUGCAGUUAUUACAUGUCCAGCAUAUUUCAAUGAUUCACAAAGACAAGCUACUAAAGAUGCAGGAACAAUUGCAGGAAUGAAUGUAAUGAGAAUUAUCAAUGAACCAACAGCAGCAGCUAUUGCAUAUGGACUUGAUAAAAAGAGUGAUAGAGAAAAGAACGUUCUUAUUUUCGAUCUUGGAGGAGGAACAUUUGAUGUAUCAUUACUUGCUAUUGACGAUGGUGUCUUUGAAGUUAAAGCAACUAAUGGAGAUACACAUCUUGGAGGAGAAGAUUUUGAUAAUAGACUUGUUAAUCAUUUUAUUGCUGAAUUCAAGAGAAAAUAUAAGAAAGAUAUUAGUGGAAAUGCACGAGCAGUUAGAAGAUUAAGAACAGCAUGUGAAAGAGCAAAAAGAACAUUAUCAAGUGCUGCUACAGCAAACAUUGAAGUUGACCAAUUAUAUGAAGGAAUUGAUUUUUAUACAUCUAUUACAAGAGCUAGAUUUGAAGAAUUAAAUAUUGAUUUAUUUAAAUCAACUAUUGGACCAGUUGAAAGAGUCUUACAAGAUGCUAAAUUAGAUAAAGGAUCAAUUGAUGAUGUUGUCUUAAUUGGUGGAAGUACAAGAAUUCCAAAGGUAGUUCAAUUAUUACAAGACUUCUUUAAUGGAAAAGAACCAAAUAAAAGUAUUAAUCCAGAUGAAGCAGUUGCAUAUGGAGCAGCAGUACAAGCAGCUAUAUUAACAGGAACAGGAGGAAAAGCAACAGAAGAUGUAUUAUUACUUGAUGUUGCACCACUUACACUCGGUAUUGAAACAGCAGGAGGAGUUAUGACAGCAUUGAUUCCAAGAAAUUCAACAAUUCCAGCAAAGAAAUCACAAGUAUUCUCUACAUAUGCAGAUAAUCAACCAGGAGUAUUAAUUCAAGUAUUUGAAGGGGAAGCAUCAAUGACAGCUCACUGUAACUUACUUGGAAAAUUUGAAUUAACAGGAAUACCACCAGCACCACGAGGAGUUCCACAAAUAGAAGUUACAUUUGAUAUUGAUGCAAAUGGUAUUUUGAAUGUUUCAGCAGAAGAUAAGACAACAGGAAAGAAGAAUAAAAUUACUAUUACAAAUGAUAAAGGCAGAUUAAGUAAAGAACAAAUUGACAAGAUGGUAGCAGAAGCUGAAAAGUUCAAGGCAGAAGAUGAUAAGAUGAAACAAAGAGUUGAAGCUAAGAACAAGUUAGAGAAUUUCUGUUAUUCAGUUAAGAACACUCUUAGUGAACAAUUUGCUGAUAAGAUUGCUGCAGAUGAUAAGACCACUAUUGAGAAUAUUGUUAAAGAAACUCUUGAUUGGAUUGAUGCUAACCAAAAUGCUUCCACUGAAGAAUAUGAAAACAAGAUGAAGGAAGUUGAAGGAAAAGUCCAACCAAUCUUCACUAAGCUUUAUCAACAAGCUGGAGCUGCUGGUGGAAUGCCAGGAGGAAUGCCAAAUGGAUUCCCAGGUGCUGGAGCUGCUCCACAAGGUAAUGCCCAACCAAAGUCAAGUGGAAAAGGACCAACUAUUGAAGAAGUUGAUUAA